ACCAUUCAAACCCAAAAACCGUCGGCCCAUCACACUCCCACCAAACUCAAGGCAGCUACUAUCCAGUCUAAAACAGCGCCCACCCCCUCAAAAUGCAAACAUAUUCCACCAGUUAUAAAGAUCCACCUAAUUGGGGAGGUCAAAUCGGGCUUCCACUUAUGUGCCAUUCUACGUCGGUACUUGUUUGGUAGCUUCUGAGUCUGAAAAUCAGUGGCCUCGUAAAAAAAUUUAAGCAAUGGCAUCAUUCAAAUGCCCAGUUGGGAAAAGCUCUGCAUUUGAUUCUUUGCACAAUAGUAUCGAUCAGCGCAAGACAACAUGUGGGCAUUUGGGAUCCAUUUCGAAGGUUGAUAUCACACGAAGCUCCUCAAGACAUUGGCAUCCUAGUGCUCACAGGAUAUCUUUCAGGUCAUCUGAAAAAAAAGGGACUCAUCAUUCGUUCAGCAUUAGAGCCAUGGCUGAAUCAGAUAGUGUAAAUGGCGUACCACAAAUUGAUAUCUCAAUAAAUCCAAGGGUGGCAUCUCUUAAACCAUCAAAAACAAUGGCAAUAUCAGAUCAUGCAACUGCACUUGUGCAAGCCGGAGUUCCUAUUAUCAGACUAGCAGCUGGUGAACCUGAUUUUAAUACACCAGACAUAAUAUCUGAGGCAGGUAUUAAGGCAAUUCAGGAAGGCUAUACUCGAUAUACUCCUAAUGCAGGAACCAUGGAGAUUCGAACUGCUAUUUGUAACAAGUUAAAAGAGGAAAAUGGCCUCUCAUACACCCCUGACCAGAUUGUUGUCAGUAAUGGAGCAAAACAAUGUAUCAUGCAAGCUGUUUUAGCAGUUUGUUCUCCGGGUGAUGAGGUUAUCAUCCCAGCUCCAUUUUGGGUGAGCUAUCCCGAAAUGGCUCGAUUAGCAGAUGCAACUCCAGUUAUAAUACCAACAUCAUUAUCAGAUGAUUUCCUGCUGAAUCCAGAGGUUUUGUCUUCAAAACUGAAUGAAAGGUCAAGGUUAUUGAUUUUAUGUAGCCCUUCCAAUCCUACCGGAUCUGUUUAUCGUCGAGAAGUGCUUGAAGAAAUAGCGAAAAUUGUUGCAAAGCAUCCUAGGCUGCUCGUUUUAUCAGAUGAGAUCUAUGAGCACAUUAUAUAUCAACCAGCAAAACACACAAGCUUUGCUUCUUUGCCAGGCAUGUGGGAACGAACAUUAACUGUCAAUGGAUUCUCUAAGGCUUUUGCAAUGACUGGUUGGCGACUGGGGUACUUGGCUGGACCAAAGCAUUUUGUUACAGCUUGCGGCAGAAUCCAGAGCCAGUCCACAUCAGGGGCUAGCAGUAUCUCGCAGAAGGCAGGAGUCGCUGCUUUAGGUUUGGGAUAUGCUGGUGGUGAAGUAGUUUCUACCAUGGUCAAAGCAUUCAAGGAGCGAAGGGACUUUUUAGUUAAAAGAUUGCAAGCACUGGAGGGUGUGAAGUUAUCAGUGCCUCAGGGUGCCUUUUAUUUAUUUCCCGAUUUUAGUUCAUACUAUGGAACUGAAGUGGAAGGCUUUGGUAUUAUUGAGGGCUCCGAAGCUCUCUGCCGUUUUUUCCUUGAGAAGGCACAGGUCGCCGUUGUCCCAGGAGAUGCCUUCGGAGAAAAUAAGUGCAUUCGUAUCUCAUAUGCAGCAUCUCUUGACACACUUAAAGCAGCCAUAGACAAUAUCGAGAAGUCUCUUACUCUUUUGCAGCCUGCUGCUCCAGCUAAGCAUAGCUAACUACUAUGUAUUAGUUGGUGAAUUUGAUGAACAACUGUGUUUUACACACUUGGAAUUGUUAUGUUCUGCUUGCUUAAUACUGGAUAGAAAAAUGUCAGGGAAGGAGUUUAUCGAAGUUGAGUUGAAUUUUUUAUCUUUCCACUGGUAUCAAAAACUUUGUUUCUUGGUGCGCAUUUUAUCAUAAUGAUAGAACAAGCAAGUUUUCAGAUUUA